CUCCUUCGGUCUCGCCGACCCCCUCUUGACCUUCCCCUGGACCCAAGGGUGUGCCAUGCAAAUUUUGGCUGCUUUAGCUCUUACAGGGACUGAAUGCAUAGAGAACAAACAAACAAACAAACAAACAUACAAACAAACUUUCUUCUUUAUAUAUAUAGAUUGUUAAAUACAUAUUUCUAUUCUCUUAUCCUAUUUAGAAGGUCAUUUUAAUUUGGCAAUUAAAAUGAUGUUUAACUAUGGUAUUCAAUCAAAUAGUGAAUCUCUAUUAAAAGUAAUGGAUAAAGAACUAUUACCAUUAAAAGAAAUUCAACAUCCAAAUAUAGUUCGAAUCUAUUCUUAUUUUGUCGAUAAUUUUCCAUUGUUGCCUGAAUCAUAUGACUAUUAUCCAAUGGCAAUACCCAGUAAAUAUGGACCAGAUGGUUAUGGAAGAAAUAAAACAUUAUUCAUUGUUAUGAAACGAUAUGAUAUGACAAUAACCGAAUAUUUGAAAGAAAAAGAGCCUUCUCUUGACGAUCGUCUUUUAUUAAUGUCACAAAUAUUUGAAGCAUUGUUAUAUUUAAAUCAACAAUCGAUUGUACAUCGGGAUUUAAAAUCGGACAAUAUCUUAAUAUGCAGUGAAACAGGUGAAUUAGUUUUGGCUGAUUUUGGUUGUGCAUUAAAAUGUCCAUCAUUAUUAGUUCCAUAUUUAACAGAUGAAACAAUGAAAGGAGGAAAUUUAGCACUCAUGGCUCCAGAAAUUUUAUUGUGUCAACCUGGUCGCUCGUCCUAUCUGGAUUAUCGUAAAUCUGAUUUGUGGUCAUCUGGCACAAUAUGUUAUGAACUAUUCGAUCAGAUAAAUCCAUUUUUUAAUGGUCAUUUAAGAAAUGAUACAUAUACCGACAGACAAUUACCAGAAAUACAAAACAUACCGUCGACUAUUGAAAAAUUUAUACAUUCAAUAUUAAAGAAAAAUCAUAAACAACGUCCGCAUGUGAGUGUGGUUAGCGAUUCUCUUCAAAUAUAUCUUUGGUGUUCAUCGUCACGUUCGACUAUUAAAGAACUUUAUCAAUGUUAUAUGUGGCAAGCAAUUGAAACAUUAUUCAAUAAAACCAAACUAUCACGUGUUGAGCUCAAUUUGAAAAGAUUAUUUUUUACUAGACAAACGUCACAAACACUAAAACAAGCACAACAUUUUCUUGUUACACUUUAA